UUGGCCUUACAACCUCCCCUGGUGAAUUUAGGAGAGAAGGUGACACUGGAGUGUCGAUCAGAGAUUAUGUUUGACACCUUCAUUUUGACUUCACUCAGAAAAGAAAUAAUCAAGGACUCCUUCCAGAUUUCUGCAGAAUCUAAUCUUGGGGGGUCCCAUGCCAACUUUGAAAUAGGUCCUGUGACACCUGACCAUGCUGGGAAUUACACAUGUUAUGGUUCUUACAAUCACACACCAUAUGAGUGGUCCAAAUCCAGUGAUCCUAUUGAUAUAAAGAUCACAGAUCUGUCCAGGGAAGGGGUGCCUCAGGGGCAAGGGCUGCCUGCAGUGCAGAGCCACAAUGGGACAUUCAAGGCCAACUUUUUUCUUGGUCCUGUUACUCAGAAAGCGACCUAUAGAUGUUAUGGCUCUUUCAGUAACUCUUCCCAUGACUGGUCAUCCCCAAGUGACCCCUUUUACAUUUCUGUCACAG